AUGUUCUUGGACGAAUCCCAAGACCCAAAUCUCUUCGUAGACGCCUACCAGUCCUCGCCACGCGGAGAAGGCGCAGACUGGGACCUCAUGUUCCGCGGAUACGACGCAACCACCGACUGGCCCGCUGUCGCAUUUUGGGAGCCUUUGCUGAAAGCGUACCCCUCCGCAAAGGUGAUCCUGACGGUCCGAGACCCCGAGUCCUGGUACGCCUCCGUGGGGAAGACAGUCUACGACCUACCGGUGAACGAAGACGCGGACUUCAAGUGGCCCAAGAAAAUCAUGGCAACGUGGAAUAUGGCACGUACGAUCGUCAAGGAAGGAGAGCUGAGACUGUACGAUGAUAAGCAGGCAACGCUCGAACAGUACAGCGCGCAUAUCGCCCGCGUGCGUGAGGUUGUGCCUAAGGACCAACUACUGGUCUUUGAGGCCUCGCAGGGAUGGGAGCCCCUGUGCAGGUUCUUGGGAGUUGAAGUGCCGGCGGGGGUCCCAUACCCUCAUUUGAACCAGGGAACUUUGUUUCGGGACCGGGUGUUGAAGCUUAGAGAAAUGAUUGCUGAGGGUAAGGGUAUUGUGGAUCUUGAGACCAGGACCUUCCAAGAAUGUUGCUGA